CUUCUCUCUCUUUCUCUCUCUCUCUCUCUCGCAGCUGAGGAAGGCCAUUAUGUGUCGAUGAAGAACAGUGACAUACCUCUGGACCCCACAGUGCCCCCGAUCCUGACUCCUGGAUUUAGAGACAGGGAUGGGGUUAAAGAUGUUGCUCCUGGAGCAGGUCCUGAUGCUGAACUCAGACGUUGGCCUGAGGGAAAAGUGUUUGCCGAGGCCAAAACUGCAAUUUGGACAGAAACGCAGGAAGGAGUGCGCGCGGGAGCACAUGGAAAAGUCUUCGCCGAGGCCGGGAUUAUGACGGAAACUCGAGCGUGGGCUGAAGCGGGAUGGAGGCCGGUUGACGACGCAGAGGAGGAAGCGCUGCCAAGCGUGCCCGAAGAUCCGGCUCCCAUGCUUGUGCAGGAGAAGCUGAGGACAAGCGGAGAGGUCCAAAGGGAGCAGGCGGCCCUUUCAUCGGUUCUCAGCAUGCUGACUGAGACGACAGAGCUGCAGACUCCAGCAGUCAGAAAACCUUUAGGGCUGCUGUCUAAAGCGGCUUGGUCUAAAAGCUCUUCUUCAUCCAAGGCCUUAUCUUCCUCCACAACAAAAGCAUCCUCUCCUCCCUCCUCUCCAUCCAGUAAAAAACCGAGUCAGACUCCACCAUCGACCAAUUUGUCUGUGGUUACUGGAAACAACAACUCUUCAACCAACUAUAGUUUGGAUGAAUUAGUGAGCGCCCUACCAGCGUGGGAUCUUCCCACUGUACCUGAAUCUCUCCUGUCCACAGUGGGUGACCAUGAUAUCACACUUCCUCCCAAUGUAACGAGCCCUUUCUCCACCCACCAGUGGAAUACCACCAUGCCUGUGCGUCCCAGGAUCCCCAUACAAAACACAACCACAGCAGCCACGACCAUAAAGACAACCCUGUCGACAACCACCACUUCAACUGUGUCGUUUUCUACUACGAAGAGAACAGAAACACCACCAGAAUCCACCACGGCCCAAAAUAACACCAGCCAGGACACUGUGACCGACGGCAGCCUUCAGCUGACAACAGUAACCACAACAACACCCUCAACGACCAGCAUUACUGUUAAUAGCACAGAGAUGGCAACACAGGAGGCAGCGACUCCUGGGAGCACAGAGGCUUCUCUAUCGAACGUCACAGCCGCUGCACCCACAGAGGAAACGAGGCUCUUUGUCGCAACAACCGCGACACCUCCAACAACGACCUCUACGACCGUGCCAGCCCCCACCGCCACCACCACAGUCACGGUUCCCCCAACUACUACCCCCCCCACCUCAACCACCACCACCACUCCAGCUCCCACUACAACCACCACUGCCUCAACUACUACUGCUGCUCCCACUACCACCACCACCACUUCAACAACUACUACUACCACCACCACAACAGAAGCACCCACCACCACUAAGCUCAUCCCAGUUCAAACUACACCACUUCUGACAACAACCACACAAAGUCCCUCCACCACCAGCGCUGAGGAAAUGCCAAUGCCAUGCAAUGUGACGGAGAAGUUCUGGGUCAAAACGGUGUUGUCUAUGGAGCUGCGUAGGAAUCGCCUGGACCUGAUCCUAAAGCAGAACCUUUCUAAAGGACUGAGCCAUGCUCUGCAGAGAGCCCUGAACGACUCCAAAGCCUCUGCGCAGGUGGAGCGAGACGACUGCAGCCCCCACAACCUGACUCUGGGUUACUACGUGACCAGCGGGAAAACCGUCUACGUUUCCUCCAUGGUUGUCGAAGCUCUGAACGUUUAUGGCUUUGACAAACUGCUGUCUGACAUUAGGCAGCACACCCCGCUGGUCAAGGCGGUUCUGGUUCCCGUGGCGACCUGGAUCAGCUCUCCCCACAUUCACCUACAGCUCAAGACAGUGUUAAGAUUUGUUGGACCUGCAGACAACAUCUACUCGUGCAGCUUCGUCCAGAUGCUGGAGCAGCGGCUUGAGAAUGCCUUUGAAGAGGCUCAGGAUAAAGUGUUGGAGACCUACAACAGACUCACAGUGGAGAUCCAGAGCGUGUCUCAGGAGUCUGGCUCGCCCUCGGUUACGCUGGUGUAUGUGGUGAAAAACCAGGAUGCAUUCCUUAAUGGGACAAUAUCCAGUGGGCUCCUCAACCAGCUGACUGCAGAGCUGGUGGGAUACUUCCUGUUCUAUCCUCCGCUGGUGAUAGCUGAGCCUCUUGAGUACCACAAUCUCAACACAUCCACCGCAACCAGGAGCUACUGGGUGAUCACAGUGAUCCAGGAUGUGGACAGCUCCUCCCUGGAGGCCAACUACCAGAGCUUCGCCAGUCUCAUGGAGCAGCGGCUGGCUGAGCUUUUCCUCGUUGCUGGCAGGCAGGGCUCUCGGUCCAUGAGGUCCCGGCGGGCCACGUCUGUGGGCGGCUACACCGUGCAGAUGGUGAGCAUGCGACGGCUUCCAGGUCCAAAGAACCCAGCAGAGAUGACCUACUAUGCACAGCUGAAUGGAUCCCCCAUCACAGGAUCUGCAGCUGCAAAGACCCUCAGCAGCCUGGAUUCCCAGACCAUGGCUCUGACACUGGGAUACUUUGUGCAAGUGCAGGCCGAACCUGUGGUGAAGACACCACCCAGCAACCUGUGGAUCAUGGCCGUUCUCACUCCUCUCUUCUUACUGAUGGUGGUGAUUGGAAUGGUGGCCUUCAUCCUGUGUAAAAGAAACAGAGUCAUUUUUAAAUCUGGUGCAUUUAGGACCUUCAAAACGCGCUCCAAGACGUCAUAUCGAAGGGAAGGCAGUUACCACCACCAGCCUGUACAGGGCUUUGACUAUGCCAAGAAGCACCUGGGUCGAACUGGUGAUGAGGCCGUCUCUGUUACCAAAGAGACGCUGGUGUUGGGCCUUGCUGUUCGAGACGCUCCGCUGUCGUUGUCACUGGAUAAGAAGGUUCAUCAGGAUGGGACUGCAAAUAAAAGGCCUCCAUCAGCUGAUUUACACAAAGGAGGACGGUUGCCAAGUGAGGAGGAUGGUUCGGUGUCGAGUAACAGCUCAGGGAAGCUGAACACCAGCAAAAGCUCCUCGGCCCGGAGGACCGCAACAGGCAGCAGCAUCAAGAACGGCAAGGAGGAGCUGCACAAGAGGAGCAACAAUGGUGAGGAGGAGGACACAGUAGUGAAGGAAAGGGAGAUGGAUAAAUAUACGUUUAAUUUAAAUCCAUCGUAA